CCCGAGUCAUUCAGUAGCGGAGCGGCGCCCGGACCGGGAGGAUCGCACGGGUAGCGACGCCAGCUUUGUGUUCCUCCCUUCGUGGCUCACCUGGCCGUCCACGCCCGCAGCAGCGCCCGCACCCUGGAUUCUGUGAAUCAGGUAUUUACUCAGUGCCAAAACUAGAGGCUAAAGACAUGCAUGGGCUUUAAAUGCCCAUAUCUAUAUUUGGCUUGAGUGAAAACAGACCAAAGAACUGUGAUUAACCAUCACUUUGAUGAAUGUAUGUUUUGUGGAGUACCGGAGACAAUCGUAUUGUGUCGUACAAAAGCGUGAUAUUAUGAGUUCCUUGACGUAAAGUAGCGAAAUACGGCUCAGUGACGCCGGCCACAGAUGGAGGAAGGGAUGCAGACCACCAUCAGGAGAGACUGUGGGGAGGAGAGCACCGCCCAGGACGGGCUCCUGGACCAGGCGCCUGGUGCUCCUCAGACAGAUUACAGCAACACGGCCGUCACUGAACGCUGCACUGAGCCCCCCACGCACGUCGAUUUCGGCGAAUCCGAGGAGAGCAGCCCGCAGUUCCAACCUCUGAUCCAGCGCCCAUUCGAAAGUGAUGCUACCUUGGUUGAGGCAGACAACAGCAAUGAUGAUAACAAUAACAACAACAACAGCAGUAGCAGCAAUGUUCCUGACAACAUCAGAGGCCCUGAUCCUUCCUCCGAGGCCCAGGUGAAGGCAGCAGGAAGCGAAGGAAGCGCGAACGAGGAAGCGCAUGGCCCCGCUUCUCACCCGACACCUGGAGACGAAGGGGCGACGGAUCUCAUGGCCUCGAUUUGCCGGGUUCUUCCGGAGUUACACAACAUCAAUGGGAUGCGGGCCAUCGACUCCGAUGUGCUGGUCAACGAGGCUGUGAAUCAAGAGAUUGUGUUCGGCACUCUGUGUGACCCUUCAAGCUCAAGUGCCAGCGUACCCCCAAAGGACCCCAUGUGUUGUGAUGCUGGUAAUCACGACACGGGUGAUCGAAAGGUAGAGGAACCACCUUCACAGGAAUCUUGCCCUCAGGAUAAGGGCGACCAAGUCUCAGACGAAAACCCGCCGACUCAGAGUCCAGAGUCCUUGGCAAAAGCAGAAGAGUCGCAAGAAAUUGCGGGAGCCCUAGACGGCCCUGAUCCAAUCCUAGAGGAAAAGGAAGGGCUGAUACAAAGUGGAAAUAUGCCACAGGAUGAAGUUGAUGCAGAUAAUAGCUUAAUCGUUGUGCCAAAGAUCGAUGGUGUGGAAGGAGGAGGCAUCGGUGACCGGGUAAUGGCGGCGGCGGAGGAGGAGACGAAAGCCACGAAGAGCGAUAACGAGUACAAAGCCGAGGCGACCGCGCAAGAGGCCUCUGCCGACGCGGAGUGUCGACAGGGAGGCCAUGAAACAAAGUCAAGUACGGAUAUGCUAAUGGAACUGGACAAAGGACGGGAAGCCCAUGAUGGCACCGGUGCGUCAUGCGAGGUCUGUAGCCAUGACGAAAUGCAAGCCGAUGGUCAGACGGAGGACGGAUGUGGUGGCAGCAGCACCACGGUCGGUGAUGCCGUGUGCAAAGAAAGCGAGGGAAAUGAAGGAGUGAACGCUGUGCCGGCAGUCGAGCGGGCUGACGACGAACCACACUACGCGACAGUGAAGAAGCCAAUGCCAGUGCUCAUGCCCGUGCCCGAGGCUUGCGUUGAACCAGACGCAGAUGUGCAGUGUUGCAGUGCCCUCGGGGAAGCGGGUGGCGAGGGUUGUAGUGGUGCCAAAGAGGUCGUGAAGACCGUUGACGACCAUCCCUAUCAGCGUGUGUGUGAGGAGACGCUGAGUGCCGAGGAGAUAGGUAGGCCGCCCUCUUCGGAGUGCCCCGGUGGCGAGGGUAGGGAGACUGGCGGCGCCCUUGGCACUGACCGCUUGCCAGUCCCCGAACCAGUCUACGAAAGCAUCGAAGAUAGAAAUGAAAAAAACGGCCAAGAUUGUGACUCACGGUCGAGCAGGUCGAGCAGAUCAAGCCGGUCGAGCACCCUGAGCGGACCGUGGUGUGAGGACCGCAUCUACGAGGACAUUUCGGACUUAGGGAGCGGCGGCGGCGGCGGCGGAAGCGUCGGGGGCGGCAGUGGCGGCGGUGGUGGCGGUAGCAGCGGUGGCGGAGGGAGCGAGGAGACGUGGGUGUCCCGACGCCUCCACGUGCACCGGCAGUUGUCAUCUUCGGAUUCCUGGGGCUCCGAGGACUUCGAGUCUUACUCCAGCAACGAGGAGGACAACGGUACAGGCUCAGUCAAAAACCAGGCGCCAAACCUGGAGAACUUCAAACAACGUUUAUUGCGUAAGAGAGAACAGUGGAGGGAGAGGCGGCAGUCAAGUAAAACCUUGAAAGAUGCCAUACGAAAGGACUCAAAGGAGGACCAACCAAAGGAAUCAGCCAAACUUGUGGAGGACAAUCCUCCCUCCACACCAGACAACAAGCUAUACAGAUGGUUUUCCUUACGCAAAAGUGUUAACUAUGAUGUUGAACGACGGAGCAGCACCAUUGCCAAUACUGAGCGCACCAGUUCAUAUACCACCACGAGCAAUGGUACCAGCACAAUCACUAACCACAGAAUGCCACAGUUGCUCGAGGAAGGGGACACAGAGCAUGGGGGGCUCUUCUCUGAAAAUGGUGGGGUGUUUGCCCACACCUUUCAGCGCCGGCACCAACCUCCAGCGCUACCCCCCAUGCCACAGGGCCUCAGUCCGGAGCAGAUCAAACGGCGACAUAUUGUUGCUUCAAUAGUUCACAGUGAAAAUAACUAUGUAGCAACUCUUCAAAGACUAGUCAAUGACUACAAAAAACCUUUGGAUGAUUCCAAACCUCCUAUUCUCAAUGCAGCCAAACUUUCCACCCUCUUCCAUCGAGUAUCAGAGAUUCUUCAGUGCCACACCUUGUUCCGAAUUGCUCUCGCAGAGUCAGUGCGACAAUGGGACAGAGAGGAGAAGAUUGGAGAUGUGUUUGUUGCUUCUUUCUCCAAGGCUAUAGUUUUGGAUAUCUACAGCGACUUUAUUAACAACUUUACUCGUGCCAUGGAAGUUGCAAAGCAAGAAUCGAAAAAGAAAACUGCUUUUGCUGAUUUUCUGAAGAUGCGUCAGAUCACCUCGCCUGAUCGACUGUCAUUCUUUGGACUCAUGGUAAAACCAGUGCAGCGUUUUCCCCAGUUCAUCCUUUUCCUCCAGGACCUACUGAAGCACACUCCUCAAGGGCACCAUGAUCGCAUGUCCCUUCAGUUAGCAUUGACCCAGUUGGAGUCGCUGGCAGAGAUGCUCAAUGAGAGGAAACGGGAAGCUGAACAGUAUCAGGCUUUCCGAGAUACACUGAAACACAUCAAUACCAAAUUUGCACUGCGAGGAAUUCAGGAGGGUAACCGCUACUUGCUACGUCAAGACGACGUUUUGCAAUUGUCAGAUGGUCAGCAUAUUGUUGCUAAGGAGAGGAUAGACUCAGACCUACUGAAGCACACUCCUCAAGGGCACCAUGAUCGCAUGUCCCUUCAGUUAGCAUUGACCCAGUUGGAGUCGCUGGCAGAGAUGCUCAAUGAGAGGAAACGGGAAGCUGAACAGUAUCAGGCUUUCCGAGAUACACUGAAACACAUCAAUACCAAAUUUGCACUGCGAGGAAUUCAGGAGGGUAACCGCUACUUGCUACGUCAAGACGACGUUUUGCAAUUGGAAUUCAACCAGAAUGGAUUGAUAAGCAAGAGUAAGGGACGUCGACUAUUCCUUACCAAUGAUCUGAUCAUGUGUGUGACUGUUGUACCAAAGACAAAUGAGGACUAUGGACAGCAGAAUGAACGUCUCUCUCUAAAAUGGGCUUUUCCAGUCACAGAUGUUGAGGCAAUUAAUAAACUAUACUCAGUGGAUUGGGUUAAUGUAGCAAGAUGCCAAGAAAUACUGAAGGGUGUCACGUUUAGAGAAGUGCUCCUUGUGGAACUGAUGUUUUCAGUUCAACAUGUUCUUCAACUGUUCAUGAACCAGUAUAUUGAUGAAGCUUCUUUUGUGUUUCAGGGUUUGACUUCAGAGAAUCUCCAACAUGUUGCCAGCAGUAUCCAGCGGGCCUUGCACAUCCGAGAUGAACAAAUGGCAUGGGUUGAUGCCUGUUGCUUACAGUUCACAGUCAAGAACAAAGAUGGUCGAGAGAAAGAGACUUUUACCUUCCAGACAGAUAAUCCUGUUAUCAAGAAAGAUUGGAUUGUUGAACUGCGUCUGGCUCAGCUGGCUUUAGACAGUGCCAAUUCUCCAGCAUGGGAUGUUCCAGAACAAGAGAAACGACCAUCUACAAAAAUGCCACUUUUCGUGAAAGCUCUUCCAGUCUUCUCAUCCCCUCAUGAGACAGAGGUUAAGUGUGGAUGCUGCUACACUGUCACCCUGUCACGGCCAAGCAGGUUGUCUGGAACUGGCAGACACCACAAUUACCUCUGGCUGUGCUCAUCUGAUGGCGUAUCCUCACACAUCACAAUAUACCUCAUGCAGCAGGUCGGUUUGCGGGAAAUUGUGCGUGUAGACUUAGUUGAGGUCUGUGUCACCUCAUUACAACAUGUUCCUGGCAUCACCACUACCACAGAUGAACCAUCUUUACGUGCCCACACUGUCUGGAUGGGAACACACUCACACAGACUAAUUGUGUACAGUGGACUAGAACCAGAACGUCAGACUGAAUUGGGGUCAACAAAUGUGCCAGCAGCAGUGACGACAAUUAAAUAUCAUUGUGAUCAGGUAUGAUGAAACCUUGUCAUG